AUGGCUACAGUGAAAAUCCCUCAAGUAAUGUUGAACUCUGGCCAUUUGAUUCCAACAAUAGGCCUAGGAACAGCAUCUAAUCCUAUGCCACCACCUGAACAACUAACAUCCAUCCUCGUGGAUGCCGUUGAGGCUGGCUACCGCCACUUCGACACUGCAGCCGCCUACGGCACGGAGGAAUGUGUGGGCCGAGCGGUGGCUAGGGCACUCGACCGUGGCCUUAUCAAGAACCGUGAUGAAGUGUUUGUCACUUCUAAGUUGUCGUGGAAACAUACUCAGCAUGAUCGUGUUUUACCUGCUCUCAAGGAAACACUCAGGAAACUGGGGCUAGAAUAUGUGGAUCUUUACCUUAUACACUGGCCAAUAAGGAUUAAGGACAGUGCUGAUCCUUACAAACUUACUGCAGAAGACAUGCUUCAUUUUGACAUAAAUGAAACUUGGAAGGCUAUGGAAGAAUGCUAUAAAUUGGGUUUGGCAAAGUCUAUUGGAGUCAGCAACUACAGUUGUGCAAAACUGUCGAAACUUCUGGAAAAUGCCACCAUCCCUCCUGCUGUUAAUCAAGUAGAAAUGAAUGUUGCGUGGCAACAACAAAAGUUGCUUCAGUUUUGUAAAGAAAAAAACAUUCUUGUUUGUGCGUGGUCUCCUUUGGGUGCUAAUGGUGCUGUCUGGGGCACCCAUCGAGUGAUGCAGAGCCCAAUUCUUAAAGAGAUCGCAGCAACUAAAAACAGGAGUGUAGCACAGGUAGCUCUGAGAUGGAUAUAUGAGCAAGGAGUAAGUCCCAUAGUGAAGAGUUUCAACAAGGAAAGAAUGAAAGAAAACCUUCAAAUAUUUGACUGGAAGCUCACUGAAGAAGAAGUUAGUCGAAUUCAAGAAAUCCCUCAGGCUAGAGGCUUCACAGGCGAUCGCUUUGUUUUUCCAGAGGGGCAGUACAAAUCCGUGGAAGAACUUUGGGAUGGAGAAAUAUGA